AUGGAGGCCGCUAGCGCGAGGUAUGCAGCUCGCGAUCGAUUCGCCUACCCAUCAGAGGCUCCCAACGCGACGCCGCUCCAGCGGUACAUCCACAAUGCCUGCUCGCCCGAAAACUUUGAGCCGAACCUGGCCCUCUCCUUGGAGAUUUCCGACCUAAUCAACGCAAAGAGAGCGGGAGCGCCAAGAGAAGCCGCCGUGGCCAUUGUACAGUAUGUGAACGCCCGUAACCCAAACGUAUCACUACUCGCCUUGAGUCUGCUCGAUAUUUGCGUCAAGAACUGCGGCUACCCUUUCCACCUGCAAAUCAGCACCAAAGAGUUCCUGAACGAGCUGGUGCGACGAUUCCCCGAGCGGCCUCCGAUACGGACGACGAGAGUACAGAACCGUAUACUAGAGCUUAUCGAAGAAUGGCGGCGGACGAUCUGCGAAACGAGCAAGUACAAGGAAGAUCUAGGCUAUAUCCGGGACAUGCACCGCUUGCUCAGCUACAAAGGCUAUGUCUUCCCGGAAGUACGGAGGGAGGAUGCUGCGGUUCUCAAUCCCAGCGACAAUCUCAAAAGUGCAGAGGAAAUGGAGAAGGAAGAGCGAGCGGCACAGGAAGCGAAACUGCAGGAGCUGAUACGGCGUGGUACUCCGCACGACCUCCAGGAAGCGAACAAGUUGAUGAAAGUGAUGGCCGGGUACGAUACAAGACAUAAGACGGACUACCGAGCGAAGGCGGCCGAGGAGGUGGCUAAGAUCCAACAGAAAGCGAAACUGCUAGAGGAGAUGCUGCAGGGCUACAAACCAGGCGACGAGAUUAAAGAGGGCGAUGUCUUCGAGGAGUUGGCGAACGCACUGGCGUCAGCGCAUCCGAAGAUCCAGAAGAUGUGCGAGGAGGAGAGCGAUGAUACGGAGGCUGUGGCUAAACUUUUGGAAAUCAAUGACAGCAUACAUCGAACGAUCGAGCGGUACAAGCUUGUGAAGAAGGGCGACAUUCAAGGCGCGAAUGCUAUUCCGCGAGGCACGUUAGGCAUAAGUGGAGCUGGCGUGAAGAAGGGACGGGACAACGAGCUAUCUCUGAUUGACUUUAGCGGGCCAGAGGAUGCGGCAGGUUCGGCGGACUCGGCGGCAGAUGACUUGAUGUCUGGCAACCAACAACCGACGUCGAAACCUGCAACACCCGUGCCUUCUUCAACACAACCAUCACAACAAGCAAAGCGCCUCUCCGCCGAUCCUUUCGCCUCCCUAGCUACACCGCCGCGGCAAGCCUCACCCUUCCAAUUUCAGCACUCUACUAAGCCGCCUGCAGCUCAGCAAUCGUCCGGCUUCGACCUGCUUGGCAUGGGCGACAGCAACGGCACUUCGUCUCAUGCAGCCACAGCCAACGCCGGCGGCGACGAUGAGUGGACGUUCAGCUCCGCACUACCGGACCAGGCAUCGGAGAUGACAGUGACAAACAGCAGCAUCCGCACCGUCUUUAGUGUGAAGCGAGAGACCGACUCGGACAUUGUGAUACAGAGUCGAAUAUCCAACUCCACGGCCCAGCCCAUCUCGGAUCUGACCUUCCAGCUUGCUGUGACAAAGGGCUAUACACUCAACCUGCAACCACAAUCAUCGCGUACUCUAUCACCGAACCAACAGAAUGGCAUUACGCAGACCAUUCGAUUGCAGGGUGUGGAACGAGGGAAAGGCACCGGCGUGAAGAUGCGUUGGCGAGCUAGCUAUUCGUUGGGUGGCAAGGCGGUGAAUGAGCAGGGCGAAUUGACGGGCUUGGGUGUUCCUUAG